AUGUCCGUCACAGCCGGCCAACCCGGCACUCCAGCCGCUGCACCCGCCAACACCAUACCCCGUGCGAAGAUUGCAAAUCCCGACAAGCGCAACAAGCAGAAGCAAAACCAGAACCAGAAGCCUUCCACUGCCGCAGAGUUGCGCGCCGCCCGUCUGGAGAAAGUCGCUGCCAUGCGCGCCGCGGGCGUCGAGCCGUACGCCUACACCUUCAACGCAACGGACACAGCAUCUGCUUUGCAGGAUCGCUACAAAGACCUUGUCGACGGCGAGGAGGCUGAGGACGGCUGCGAGAUUGCCAUCGCUGGCCGAAUCAUGAUCCGUCGCGUGUUUGGAAAGCUCGCCUUCUUCACACUCCAGGACAAGUCAGGGACCAUCCAGCUGUAUCUCGACAAGAAGUACCUUGAUUCGAGCAUGGGCGCUGGUAGCUUUGCCAACAUCAAGGCGUGGACGGAUGGCAGCGAUAUUAUCGGCGUGCGCGGGGUGGCGAAGCGCACGGAGAAGGGCGAGCUUAGCGUCAAGGUUUCGCAUUGGGAGAUGCUCACCAAGAGCCUCACCCCGCUUCCGGACAAGUUUCACGGCUUUACGGAUGUGGAGAAACGGUACCGAGCCAGACAUGUUGACCUUAUAGUCAACCCAGACGUCCGCGAGACGUUUCGGAAGCGCGCUAAGAUUACGUCCGCAAUUAGAAGGUUUUUGGAUAAUAUCGGCUUUUUGGAAAUGGAGACGCCGGCCUUGCACAGAGAACCUGGUGGGGCGGAAGCGAAGCCGUUCACGACGUUUCAUAAUGCCCUCGAUCAGGAGCUUACUUUGCGCAUUGCCACGGAGCUCCAUUUGAAGCGGCUUGUUGUCGGUGGUUUUGAUAAGGUGUAUGAACUGGGGCGACUGUAUCGGAACGAGGGGGUCAGCUCAAGGCAUAACCCUGAGUUCACAAGCAUUGAGAUUUAUGAGGCUUAUACAGACUACUUUCGCACAAUGCAGCUCACAGAGGAGCUUAUUUCGUCGGUAGCGCAACAGGUGCUCGACACGACGACCGUGGAAUACCAAGGAAACCAGAUUGAUUUGUCUACGCCGUGGCGUCGGGUGACAAUGCAUGACAUUGUCAAAGAGGCGACUGGUACAGAUUUUUCGGUCAUAACCGAUGUCGAGGAGGCUAAAGACAUGGCAAGAAAUUCAUCCGUGAGUCAGGACGCUCUGAACAAAGCUCAGAGCGUUGGCGAGGUUUUGAACGUUUGUUUUGAGGAGCUCUGCGAAGAGACACUGAUACAACCAACAUUUGUGGUGGAUUAUCCCGUCGAGAUCAGUCCGCUAGCCAAACCGCACCGAUCACGGCCAGGGCUAGUGGAGCGGUUUGAGAUGUUCUGUAUGGGACAAGAACUUGCCAACUCGUACUCAGAACUGACGGAUCCCGUCGAGCAAAGACGGCGCUUGGAACAGCAGGCGGAGAAGAAGAAUGCGGGAGACGAAGAGGCGUGUGGCGUAGACGAAGACUUCUUGACGGCCUUGGAGCAAGGCCUGCCGCCGACAGGUGGGACAGGUAUCGGAAUUGAUCGACUUGUCAUGCUGCUGACGAACUCGGCGAGUAUUCGCGAUGUCAUCGCGUUUCCGGCGAUGUCCACGCAGCAGAACGCAAACCCAGAUGUUAAUGUGGGAGAUGAGCAGAUGUCGUAGAAGUCGAGGCGCUUCUUUUUUGUUUGAGUAGUCAACAACUUGGAGGAAGAACGUAUUGAAUCCGUCACCACGAAGAACAGUGUUUGAUACCCGUUUCAAAUUAAUUCUUCUUGUCACCCGUUUCAGAAGUUUUGCAACCGCGAGUUUUGCACUCCGUGGAGUGCUACUACUCUAUGAACUCACGUGUUUAAAGCGGGUGGGAAUUUGAGUGCGUGAGUUUGUGAUCGCGAGGGGAAUGGUAUUGCACUAAUACAGGUUGUAAAUGAUACAGUGCCUCCUACGAUAUAGUGCUAUAGCGUGACAUACCUCUAGCUAUGGCACUAUUGGGGGGGUGGCACUAUAGAAAGGAGGCUCAAAUACAUAUAUUUGGGGACAAAGCACACUGCUAACACAAACACAA